AUGUUGGAUUAUCCAGCCAAUGCAUUCCUGGAAGAGACUGGUUAUACCUGUGCAUUAAUACCACAGGACUCCAUCAUUAGGACUUUCGAAUGCACACCGUGCAGCUAUGGCACUUACAAGACCGAAGAAGGAUGCACUCCAUGCCCUCCCGUGGGGUUCUGUCAGGACUCUUUGGCCCAAAAAGAAAUCAUCUCUUAUGGAACAGGUUGCAAAACAUGCCCUCCGGGAACUCACGUGGAUCCUUCAAGAGCCCCUGGAAAAGCGGAGUCAGACUGUUUGGCGUGUCCAAAAGGACGCUUUUUUGAAGUAGCCUUAACUCACAGCAGGUGCUCUUGUAAUUCAUUCAGAUCCAAGCCAGUCUGUGCAACGUGUGAUGACGUUGACGAUGAUCCUUACUUCAGCUCAUAUGCGCAUUUUGGAAUUCACGAAGAGAUGCUGAAGGAUACCACAAGAACAGAAAGCUACAGGAAUUUUAUACUCAAGAACCCGGCGAUUUUCAAAGAUAAGGUUGUUUUAGAUGUUGGAUGUGGAACUGGUAUACUGUCCAUGUUCGCAGCUAAGGCUGGAGCGAGUCAUGUGAUCGGUAUUGACCAAUCAGAGAUAAUCUACCAAGCCAUGGAUAUUAUUAGGGAAAAUGGACUGGAAAAUGUUAUCACAUUGAUAAAAGGAAAAGCAGAGGAAGUCACGUUACCAGUUGACAAGGUAGAUGUUAUUAUAUCAGAGUGGAUGGGCUACUUUCUUCUGUUUGAGUCAAUGCUAGACACAGUGUUGUUCGCGAGAGACAAAUGGCUGAAAUCAGCAGGCUGAGUUUACCCAGAUCGAUGUACAUUAUGCCUCGCAGCUUUAGGAAAUAGUCAAAAAGUACAACAGAAACUCAGCUUUUGGGAUGACGUUUACGGCUUUAAAAUGAGCUGCAUGAAAAAAUCUGUUUGUACAGAACCGUCUGUGGAGAUUGUCGACCCGAAAGACGAGAUUUCUUCACGAUGUACCGUCAAGGAUUUGGAUGUUAAUAACUGCGAGCAAGCUCAUCUGCAGUUCAAAUCACCUUUCAGUGUUGAAAUAACGAAAGAGAGUCUGUGCUCAGUAAGUAAGCUCAGGUUUUGCUUUUUACAUUUUAAGACAGCCCCUUGAAAAGAUUUACUACAUUUCUUGUGUUCUUCUACAAGUAACUCACCAUAACGGUGUUAGAAGAUGAAACAUGUUCAAUCGACAGUUUACUUUAUUCUUUGUUGAUUAAUUGAACGCUCAGCCUUAGUUGUUACCAAUAGAUAGCAGUUGUUUAUUAACUUGAUUUAGUGUUUUAAUAUAUUAACGAAGAUAAAGACAGUCGUUCAGGAGCUUCACCAUUAAGUACUUGGUCUUAUUCGGAACCUGUUGUCAAUGUU